ACAGCAACCGACGUGUGUUUCCGGCCGUGUGGUCUAAGAUGGCUUCCCAGCAGCACCAGCCAGUCGGCUCCAGCUGCCAGUCUGCGUCUUUACAACAACAACAGCAGCUCCAGUUGAGUCAACAGCAAGACUUCGAUCCAGUUCACAGAUUUAAAAUGCUCAUUCCUCAGCUGAAAGAAAGCCUGCAGAACUUGAUGAAGAUUGCGUCCCUCAAUUUAGCUCACAACACAACAAUAGAUAAUGGAGUUAAAAGUAGCGACGCCACUGUUCCGAGGUUUGACAAAAGCCUGGAGGAAUUUUAUGCUCUUUGCGACCAACUGGAGCUGUGUUUGCGGCUGGCGUACGAGUGCCUCUCCCAGAGCAUCGACAGCGCCAAGCAUUCGCCCAACCUGGUCCCGACUGCCACCAAACCGGACACGGUGCAGACCGAGUCCAUGUCUUACGGCCAGUACCUCGGCAUGAUCAAGUCCCAGAUCUCGUGUGCCAAGGACAUCCACAACGCUCUGCUGGAGUGUUCCAAAAAGAUUGCGGGCAAAGGACAACCUCCGGGAAUCAUGUAGUCCGAGCAUCCUUGUAAAUAGCCGUCAAAUACGACCAGUAGAUGGUGCUGGUGGGACAUUUACUAUUUCAUGUUUACUUGUUUUGCAAUGGACUGUUAAUAAAAUGUUUGUACAAAGGUU